AUGGAGUGCACUAGAUGUGGAGGUAUUUACUCUGCUGACCAGUUUUUCUGGAAUGAGACUAAGGUUAAUAAUAUCAUACAUAUUAAGAUUGAUAAUGCCACAUAUGUUGAUCAUAGCUUUCUCAAAUUAAGUGACUUUGUUGAACAUGAAAUUCGAGGGCUAACAGAUAAUCCAGAAAUAGAUAAAGUCAUUGAACCAAUUUAUAAGUCAAAAUUACUGGUUUGUCUAGACAUUGAAACCCAAAUUAUGACAUUAAAAGAAGUUUCCAAUCUUAUUAUUACUGAGAUUGAAAGAGAAGAUGAUUAUUCAUAG